CGUGUUAGUCUGUAUUUAGCUAGCAGUUGUCGAGGGGCAGUUGCCUCCAGCUGUCCAGAGUCAGCGGUUCAGUUCAAUCAGCGCGCCCAACGAGUAUCGUUGCUCGCCUAGUAUCAACAUUUUUUCUUCGCGAUAGUGUGUGUAGUGAGACGAACCCCCUUCGAACGGCUGACCUUUGACCCUGCAGAGGUCAAGAAAAGCCUAUCCACAGGCGCGUUGCUCGUCGAUUUCCGUUUCUGAACUAUACGAUCAACCGGAUUACCGUUAUCAGGGCUUUCUGUUCGAAGGGACUUUGUGUGAAGUUUCAUUAAGCUCAUCAUGCUAUCAAGAUUGAUACUACCAAUAAUACUGGUACUCGUAAUUGUAGCCAUAAACACAUUCUCGCGCGCUUGUGAUUUGGAUCAGAUGCAAUAUGGAUGUCGAAUUUAUAAUGCACAAUGCAGAUGCGGUUAUGGCUGCUCAUCUGAAUACAGAUAUAAUAAUAAUGACGACUGUAAAGAAGCAUUAAGAGGUAAUAGCAUACCUGUUAUUUCUAUCAACGUGACGUUAAUUAAAAAUUGUAAACGUAGCGAUACAUGUCAUAGACUAAAGCCUUGUUUAAACGGCGGAUCCUGUUUGCAAAUAUCAUCGGAGCCUGGAUUUAAAUGUCGCUGCGAAGGAACCGGUUAUUAUGGACCAUUUUGUGAUAAACCUUGCCCAGGACUAAAUCAUUUACGUCUCCGAGGACCAUUUCCCUACGAAUGCGUCGUAAUCUGAUUUACAAUUCUUAUCUUCAUCUAUUUGAAAUCAAGUACAUGCGUUAUUAAAUACAAAAAAUGAACACGUUUUGUAACAAUUUUCACAUCUUUGUACAUACAUAAUAAAUACAUAUUGUA